UUUUAUCCAGCCGAGGUCGUUUUAUCCAGCCGAGGUCAUUUUAUCCAGCCGAGGCCUUUUUAUCCAACCGAGGCCUUUUUAUCCAACCGAGGAGGAUUUAUCCAGCCGAGGAGGUUUUAUCCAGCCGAGCGCGUUUUAUCCAGCCGAGCGCGUUUUAUCCAGCCGAGCGCGUUUUAUCCAGCCGAGGCCGUUUUAUCCAGCCGAGCGCGUUUUAUCCAGCCGAGCGCGUUUUAUCCAGCCGAGCGCGUUUUAUCCAGCCAAGGUUUUUUUAUCCAGCCGAGCGCGUUUUAUCCAGCCGAGCGCGUUUUAUCCAGCCGAGGUUUUUUAUCCAGCCGAGCGCGUUUUAUCCAGCCGAUCGCGUUUUAUCCAGCCAAGGUUUUUUAUCCAGCCGAGCACGUUUUAUCCAGCCAAGCGCGUUUUAUCCAGCCGAGCGCGUUUUAUCCAGCCGAGCGCGUUUUAUCCAGCCGAGCGCGUUUUAUCCAACCGAGGCCGUUUUAUCCAGCCGAGGACGUUGUAUCCAGCCGAGCGCGUUUUAUCCAGCCGAGCGCGUUUUAUCCAGCCGAGGCCGUUUUAUCCAACCGUGGCCGUUUUAUCCAGCCGAGAUCGUUUUAUCCAGCCGAGGUAGUUUUAUCCAGCCGAGGCCUUUUUAUCCAACCGAGGCCUUUUUAUCCAACCGAGGAGGAUUUAUCCAGCCGAGGGCGUUUUAUCCAGCCGAGUGCGUUUUAUCCAGCCGUGGCCGUUUUAUCCAACCGUGGCCGUUUUAUCCAGCCGAGGUCGUUUUAUCCAGCCGAGGUAGUUUUAUCCAGCCGAGGUAGUUUUAUCCAGCCGAGGCCUUUUUAUCCAGCUGAGGUUGUUUUAUCCAGCCGAGGUUGUUUUAUCCAACCGAGGCCGUUUUAUCCAAACGAGGUCGUUUUAUUCUUUGGAGCGCCUUCACAUAUUACAGGCCUACAUAGCUGUAACACCCUGGCCAUAGAGAGGGGUUUUUUGUUCUUUAUUUUGGUUAGGCCAGGGUGUUACAUUGGGUGGGCGUUCUAUGUUCUUUUUCUAGGUGUUUGUAUUUCUGUGUUUUGGGCCGUGUGUGGCUCCCAAUCAGGCACAGCUGAAGUUCGUUGUUGUUGAUUGGGAGUCACACAUAAGGAGCAUGUUUUUCCUUUGGGUUUGGUGGGUAAUUGUUUCUGUUAGUGUUUGCACCUGACAGGACUGUUUGGCUGUCAGUUUUCUCAUUUUGUUUUGUAUAGUGUUAUUAAAUAUUCAAUGAUGAACACUAACUCCGCUGCACCUUGGUCUACUCUCUCUCACGACAGCACUUACAAUAGCACACAGAGGUAUACAGUCAAAUAGAACAAAUAAAACAUUUCUAAAAUCCUC